AUGGAGGAAAACUGCAUCAGCUGCAUGGAGGAGGAAUGCCUGAUCGAGAAGAGGAGAGCGAUUAUCCUGAAGGAGUGCAGAGAGAUCUUGCAGGAGGAGGGAUCCGGGCGCUACAAUAAGGAGACUUUUCGGAGGCUCUUUCAAGAUCAGCUGCUUCUUGGGAAGCUGUUUAUACUAUUUGAUCAAGAUCGCGACGAGUUACUGAAGCAAGAUGAAUGGAUCGAAUUCCUCAAGAAGAGGCUGACAAACGAGAAGCAAAAUGAUUUCAUCGAUCAGAUCGAAAGCGUGGCGUAUGUGCUGUGCGGGGAGAAUCCCGUGAAUCUCUUCAGUUUCCAGCAGAUUUUUUAUACUAAAGGAAUCGUUGACAAAUUGUUCCGCUUGAUCGAUCAAGAGAAUACAGGAUGCAUAUUGUCAACUCAGAUCAUGGAGUUCAUAUCCGGUGUGAGUACUACGAGGCCACCUGCUGGUUUCGACAAAGGCAAUCUCGAAUGGCUGGAGAUGAUAUUCAAGCAAACCGUUGGAAAUGAGAAGGAGAUACGCCGCGAGGAAUUCAAGAAGAUCGUCACUUCGAAGAACCCAUUCUUCACUGAGAGAAUCUUCCAGAUAUUCGACAAAGACAAUUCCGGCACGAUAUCGCUUCAGGAAUUUCUGGACGCCAUACAUCAGUUUGCUGGAAAAUCUCUGGAUGACAAGAUUCGAUUUCUCUUUAAAGUUUACGAUAUCGAUGGCGAUGGAUUAAUACAACUACGCGAGCUGGAACACGUAAUGAGAGCAUGCAUGGAAGAAAAUGGAAUGAAGUUCAGCGAUGAGCAAAUUGAGGAUCUAACAAUCGCGCUCUUUGAGGAUGCCGAUCAAGGUAACAGAGGAGCAAUUACCUUCGAAGCUCUAAAAAGGCAAUUGGAGAAGCACGAUGGUCUCUUGGAAAAUCUCUCGACCAGCAUAGAUCGAUGGCUGGUACCACCGCAACCGAAACCAAAACGAAAGUCUACUUGGGGUAUAUUCUCGUCUCUCCGUCCUUAUCAACUCACGAAACCGUACAUGAAGAACAAUUACGUUUACAUCACUUUUAUUUCGAUAUUUAUCCUCAUCAACGUGGCCCUUUUCGUUUCUCGUCUUUACGAAUACCGACAUCACAGCGGCUAUGUGAUGCUCGCGCGUGCGUGUGGACAAUGUCUGAACUUCGAUUGCACGUUUAUUCUGAUCCUGAUGCUGCGCCAGUGUAUUACGUUUUUGCGAACACACGGCUUCAACUCCGUCGUGCCCCUGGAUCAUCACAUAUAUCUUCAUAAAAUCACAGGAAUAUUGAUCGGCUUUUUCAGCAUUAUUCACAUCAUGAUGCAUCUCAUUUUUUGCGGUACGGUGAUAAUAAAAGACGAGGAGAUGAACAGCGGGAAUUACACGAUGUCCGAGUGGCUGUUGACAAGUCGACCCGGAUAUUUUGGUUUGGUAGCAGGCGGUGCUUAUCCGACCGGAGUAAUUCUACUAAUUAUACUCGUCAUCAUGACUGUCUGUUCCAUGCCGUUCGUACGCCGCGGCGGUUGUUUUGAGGUGUUUUACUGGUCUCACCUGCUGUACAUACCGUUUUGGAUCCUGAUGAUCUUCCACGGCCCGAAUUACUGGAAGUGGUUCGUCGGUCCAGGUAUCAUAUAUUUGGUGGAAAGGAUCCGUCGGCUGAUGUGGUUACGCUCGCAGCGCGGAAAAACGUACAUAAGUUCCGGUCUCCUGUUACCUUCGAAAGUGACUCACUUAGUCAUCAAGAGACCACCCCAUUUCCAUUUUCAUCCCGGUGAUUAUGUGUUCGUUAAUAUCCCAGUGAUUGCGAGAUACGAGUGGCAUCCUUUCACCAUUAGCAGCGCUCCGGAACAGGAAGAUUAUAUAUGGUUGCACAUCCGCGCAGUCGGCGAAUGGACCAACAGUUUGUACUCGUACUUUGAAAAAGAACAAAUCAAACUUCACCGCGGCGAUAUUUUACCUGUUGAAGGCUGCGAUGUCACGAGCGCUCCCCGAAAAAAAUCAUUCCUUAAUGGCAAGAAACCACCCCUCAUCGUGAGACAGAAGCUAUCGACGGAAUCCCUGCCUCAUGCUCAUGCACUUGACAAUCCUACGUUCGUGUCUGAUUUGGCUAAGACCAUGUCACCAUUGAAUACACCCGUUAGCAAUCAAUCGGCAUUUCUAAAAACUCCAGAAAACACGUCAGAAUUAAAUAAGGGAUUAACAGAUGUGUCUGCGAGGAGAGACAGGAGACUCCAUCAAUUAUUGCUCGGUAGCAAAACGCCACUUGAGAAAUCACGCUCGAUGCCCGACAUGCAGACGAAAAGCAAGAAGAAGGAGCGACUCAGGGCGCUCCGGGAUUACACGAGAUCCGAAUCGGAGAGAAGUUUCGACGAAUGUCAGAUGAAACGCGCACGACUGAAGUCACUGGGCCUAGCAUAUCUAAGUCCGCAGAAUAAAUCAUUAGCUCAGAGUUUCCGGUACAUGCGGACGAAGCCGACCAUCAUCGCUUUUAAAACACCCAGCCUCGAAACGUGUGACUAUGAACUCGGUGCAUCGCCGAAGUCCGUGUCAAAUAUAAACGCGGGAGGAAACGAGAUGACGUCAACCACACCAGUAGCCAUACAAAUCGCCGCGGAGGAAGGUAGAUUAAAAAGAAAAUCCUCCAGUGAUGUGGUAGACAGUUCGGAGAGCCUAAACUUCAAUAACUCUGGCGGUUCUCCACAUCCGUCAGUGAAUUACCCCGUAGGAAAACCAUUGGAGAUCUUCUUGGACGGUCCUUACGGAGCACCAUCGAGUCACAUCUUCCGAGCGCAGCAUGCUGUUCUGAUCGGUACCGGAAUCGGAGUCACACCUUUCGCCUCUAUACUGCAGUCAAUUAUGCAUCGAUACUGGAAAGCGAGGCACACCUGCCCGAAGUGUACGUUCUCCUGGGCCAGCGAAAUCCCGCCCACCGUAAUGAAUUUGCGAAAGGUGGACUUCUUUUGGAUCAACCACGAUCAACGUUCGUUCGAGUGGUUCGUCAACCUGCUGUCGCAACUCGAGAUGGAACAGGCUGAGUUAGGCAUCACUAUGGAACGUUUUCUAGAGAUGCACAUGUACAUCACAAGCGCGUUACAGAAGGACGACAUGAAGGCGGUUGGCUUGCAAUUAGCGCUCGAUCUUCUGCAUGAGAAGGAGAAGCGAGAUCUCAUCACAGGAUUGAAGACGAGGACGAAUGCCGGUCGUCCCAACUGGGAUAAAGUAUUCAAACAGCUUCAGGACAAGAAGAAAGGAAAAAUUACGGUCUUCUAUUGCGGGCCGCCGCAACUUGCCAGAAUUCUUCGAUACAAAUGCGAUCAAUUUGGAUUCUGCUUUAGGAAGGAAUCUUUUUAAUUUUUCUCGAGUAAGAAAAGACAAGUCCAAUAAUUAUUAUAUGUCUACAUUGCAACUGUUGUAUCUAGGCUUCCGCAUGAGAAAUUGUGGAACAAGAAUGCCAAAAUUUUGAUGGAAAUUUAGAAAAAACUUUAUUUAAAUAAUAAGAAAGUAAAAUUGUCUUCUAUUAAACAUAAUGAUAUUUAACAGUCCAUUUUUAUCUCUCUUGAAUUGCUGGUUUCAAUUAAAAAAAUGGAAUUUUUACAAAUGCUUCGUGAAGAAUAUUACUAAUAGUUUAUUAGUGAUUUCUCGUUCGCAAAUUUCCGUGCAGUCUUCACGAAUUAUAACUGUAUAAUAUAACUGUAUUUUAAUAAAUUAUUUUUUUAGCAUCGCGGUAUGUACUCACAGGAAUAAUCUUUCUGUCUCAUUUUGGAUUCAAAAAUUUUUCUGUUAAAUGUUCAGGAUUUUAUUCGAUCAAAUAUGAUUUUAAACGAUUGUUAAAUUUACUCUCCAUCAAUUUUCAAUACAUUUCAGUUGAUGUCUUUCAUUAUUCUAGCCGUCUCGUACAAAAUCCAAACAGUCACCAAAAUGAGUAGGAAAUGCAUCUGUCUUUCGGUCAUAAUUUAACAAGAUUAACUUUCUACUUAAUUUUCUUGUUUCUAUUCAUACUAUUCUUUCAGAUUAUUUCAAAAUCAUAUGAUCAUAAAAUACAAUUUACAUUGAAGUUUCAUGACAGAUGAAUUUCGAGACAGAUAAAUUAUCCGAAAUUAGUUGCCAAUGAAUUGCGCGCGAUUGAUAAGAGUGAGAUGUUGUUAGUUAUAUCAACUUCAUUCAGCCAAAUCAAAUAAAAUUUUUCGCAAUGUUGCAAUUUUGAUAUA